AUGGUCCACACAAGAAUUAUUGUCUUCGUUUUCCUCGCUCUCACCAUUCUACAUGCGGCGACAAAGGUGGUGAAUGAAGAUUCAGUUUGGUCUUUCAUUAACAAAGGAGCUUCAUUGUGUUGCAACGAUCACCCCGAAUUUGGAGUAUGUACUAAUAAUAGUAAGUGUAACAAGUGGUGUCGUCAAGGUUGUAGCAACAAAAGAGGUGGCUUUUGCAAGAGAAAAAUUUGUCAUUGCUACUGCAUGUAA